AUGAAGGUCGAAACCUGCGUUUACUCCGGAUACAAGAUCCACCCAGGACACGGAAAGAGACUUGUCCGCACUGAUGGAAAGGUCCAAAUCUUCUUGAGCGCCAAGUGCCUCAAGGGAGCUAAGCUCCGCCGUAACCCACGUGACAUCAGAUGGACCGUCCUUUACAGAAUCAAGAACAAGAAGGGAACCCACGGACAAGAGCAAGUCGCCAGAAAGAAGACCAAGAAGUCCGUCCAGGUUGUCAACCGCGCCGUCGCCGGACUUUCCCUCGAGGCUCUUCUCGCCAAGAGAAACCAGACUGAGGACUUCCGUCGUCAACAGCGUGAGCAAGCCUCUAAGGCCGCUAAGGAUGCCAACAAGGCUGUCCGUGCCGCCAAGCAAGCUGCCAACAAGGAAAAGAAGGCCUCCCAGCCAAAGACAGCUACCAAGGCCGCCAAGAACGUCAAGACCGCUGCUCCACGCGUCGGAGGAAAGCGAUAA